GCGGAAUCUAUAGCCACCAGCAGUCAUGCCGAGUCAAGAGGCAGAGUACUGAAGCGAAAGGUAACUAGGGUUGUUUUAGGAUAAUUAUUAUCAGGUCAUAUAGCUCGUCACCAUUCUCGUUCUCGCUCUCCCUCGGCCGCCUACCGUUGAAAGAUAUCAGAAGUCCCAUGCGACUCAACCCGCCCCGGACGCGGAGUAGGGGCCAGGGAUCUAUUCUCAACACACACAGACCCAUUGCGGGCCUGACAACUGCCCCAUAACCUUGGUUGAUUGGCGCAUCUAAAGGCGCGAAAUGCCGAUCUAUGUGACUAUUAUUGGGCUGAACUGCCACCGUUAAUCAUCCUGACCUCCCAGUGCUCUUCACCCGACACUUGGUCGUGCUCCCCUUUCCCCCAUCGCUGGUCCUCUAAUAUGGUUCGUGUCCUCUCGCCAUGACGACAACCACGGAUUUCGGUCCUCUCACGACCAUCUUCUCUGCCCCGACGGGCUGCGCUACGGAACAAUGGGUUGAGCGGCAGCCCAGCUCGUCGAUACUCCGAUGGGGCGCCGGCUGCAAUGGCAAACAUAUCGGCUGGGAUGCCAUUUGUUUUCCGCCCGGAUGGACGGCGGGGAAUUCUACCAAGAUUCUGAAUAAAGCCUUCAAUCCGGGGUAUGCUUGUCCGUCGGGUUACGUCUCGCGAGCAAAUGCAACGGGCACGACGGCCACAAAACAGUUUUCAGAGUACAUUGGUAGUAUAGGCACGGAUUCUCUCGUGAUUCUUUGCUGUCCCACUGGCUACAUCUGGGCCGGUGAUUAUUGCAUUGACAAUCAACUUCGACUCACAACGCGCAACUAUCUUACCCUCGACAGCAGCAAAUGCAUAACGACAUCCGCCCCCGCGUACAACGGAAGCAAUAGCCUCGCAACCCUCCAAGGCACGCCUAUCUUCCUCAUUCAGAAAGUCGGCGCCACAUAUAACAUUCCAACGUCCACAUCGAAGCCUUCCCCGGGCACAUCGAGCGAGGGUCUCGCGACGGGUGCGAAAAUCGCGAUUGGUGUUUGCGUUCCCCUUGGCGUCAUUAUCAUAGCGGCGAUUACAUUUAUCUGGUGGCACCGACGAAGGAAGGCACGGAAGACCAAAGCAGCUUACGUGGCGGUCCAACGGGCGGAGCAGAACUUGGAUCCAUACACUGGGAAGCCGGAACUUGAUGCAGGCGAGGCGGUCAACCCAUAUUUAAAGCAGGAGCUUGAUGCGGGUAAUGAAGUUCGACCUGGGCGACCCGAUGCACCGGCUGAGCUGCCAGCACUGGAAACACCAAAGACGCCAGUGGCUGAAUUAGCUGGAGCAAGUCAAAGACCUGAUGCACCUCAAGCUGAGUUUGCCGGUAAAGGGAUGGUAGGAGAAAUAGUUCCCUCAAAGAAAAGCCCGGAUGCGACAAGUCCUAGUGGUAUCUCGGAUCAGAGGUCAAGUUCUACUGGAAGACAUGCGGAGGAUUGAAAGAUUGAAUGUCAAGAUCAACAACCCAGGCAACGGAUAUCAACGAAUUGGUCACCAAAAAGGGGAACGCUGGAAAGGUCGGCUCUGCUUGCAUUUGACUCGCAGAGGGAUUAUUGAGGCGUCAAGGAGGCUGUUUCUAUGUAAACACUAUGGCUUUGAUAGCGUAUAUUAUAUUUCCCUCUUGCUUAUGAAACUUCGGCUUCUAAAUAU